AUGACAGACUUUGAACAGCAAUCUGAAAUCUUACUAGAAAGAUUUAAGGUGAGAGGUUAUAAAGAUGAUAUUACAGAUAAAGCCAUAGAGAGAGCUAAGAACACAGACAGGGAGUCCCUUCUGACCUACAAAGUGAAACAAAAAGAGACCAGUGAUAAGAUCAUGGUCCCUUUUAUAACAGAUUAUAGUGCUGACCUGAAUGUCAUCAAACGGAUAAUAAGAAAACAUUGGCACCUGAUAAGAGAAGAUGAUCUGUUAGGGGAGAAAAUUAUUGACAACCCCAAGUUUAUUUUUAAAAAGGCAGCGAACCUUAAAACAUUUUUGGCACCUAGUGAACUGAAAACAAAAAAGAAAAAUAUACUAAAACAAAAAGAUAUAACUGGGAAAAAAAAACAGCUGAGACUUGAGGAACCCACAUUUGAUGAGGAAGCUUUGCAGCAUCUGUUGGCGGUUGCAGACGCAGUGAAAGAAUUGGAACAUGCCCGGAGAACUGCACGUGAGGUUCUGGAAAUGGAAACCAUAAAGACGAGCAAGCUACGGUAUAAACUGCUGCAUCUUCCUGCAAUCAUAACAAAAGAGAUCAAAGAUGCUGUUACAAAAGCGCGAGAAUUAAAUGCCUCUGAAGUGGCAAAGCUACAAACUGAAUUAAGGAAUUUAUCUCUGGAAAUAGAACAGAUUGGGCAGAAACAACUUAAGCUUGAAGAGAGGAAUUCCUUCCUUAGCCACCAAGGACAGACGUUUUGGGCUGAGCACCAGCAAGCUGUUGAUUUACUAAACCAGCAGAUGGCAGAAAAAGCUCAUGAAAGUAUUAUUGUCAAUGAGAUUCACAACCAACGAAAAGAAGCUCUGGAUGCAGUAACUGAUUUCAAAAACAGAACUGAAGACUUGAUGGAAGACAUGAUUACUGAGCGGCAGGAAUUCAAACACGAGAAAGAACAUUUACUUGCAGAGAUCACAGAGUUUGAGAAAAAUACAGAAGAACAAAAUUUGCAAAAUGCAGAGAAAAAGCUCAUUUUUGAUCAACUAAGAUCUGUUCUUUUUGACGUGGAGGAAAAAGUUGACGGUGAAAAAGAGAUUGUGCGUAAUAUCAAUGAUGACAUUUUACUUUUACGAGCUUCACAUGCACGGCUGACAAGUAAGCUGGAUGGCGAAAAAACGAUAGCCAGAGAACUCACUGAUAAAAAGGAUCAACUGGAACUGAGCAUGGCUAAUCUGAAAGCAGAUUUUAACCAACAAAUGGAUUCCCUAAAUCAGAAGAUUUCAGAGGUUGCUAAAAGGAUAAGUAGGGAAGAAAUUCUGCAUCAAGAUCUGACAAAAAGAAACAAAGAAUUAACAGAAACCUAUCAAAUCACCAGAGAACAAGAAGACCGAGAACAUGCGAGAAGACAGGACUUGUUAACUGGGCUUAACAAAUCCAGAUCUGCCCUUGAUGAAAAGCUGGAACUUUUUGGAAAACUGAAAAUGGAGCUGAAUGAAAUGGAACUUAAAACGGAACAACUUGAAGAAAGUAACAAAAUUAGCACGGAGCAGCUUUCAGGUCACCUCGAAGAGUUAAAGGAAAAGCUUUCAGCUGAAAAAGAAACCAGAAUGGCCGUACAAAUGAGUAAGGAUGAAGCAAUAAAGGAGCUGGAACUGUGGAAUUUAUCACAAGACACAUAUAUACGCACUAUGAAUCAGAGGCUUGAGGAAGGUCUGAGAAAACAAUCUUCCUUAACUGAAGAGGCUAAAAUGCUCCAGAGAGAGAUCGAAUCGUUUGUUGAGCAGAUUGAAUCCCUAAAUCACAGGGAACACCGGGCUAAGAAGGAGUUUUCAAAUCUGGAACAAAGACUCACUAGAGAAAUACAGUUAAUUGAGGAAGAACUUCAUAUUUUAAAUGGAAAUCUUCAAGCAGAGCAGGAAAAACUCGCAGCCAGUAUUCCUGUACUAAAUGAGACCGAAGGUGUAUGUAAAAAGGAGCAAGACCAAUAUGAAGACCUGAAAAGGCAAGCGGGAGGGCAGAAAAGCAAACAGAAAUCCAUGGAAGCUUCUAUCAAAAUGAUCAGAGAUGAGAUAGAUGCCAAGUCAAGGAUAAAGGAAAUGAAAAAGGUGUCCUUAAAACAACUGCGCAACUCAUCGUUUGAAAAACUGCAGCAUUUUCUUGAAACUAUAAAAAGAACGGAAAAAGAUCUAUAUGAGAGCAACAGAAAACUUGAACUUGUCACUAUGGAGAACUGCAGAUUAAAACUAGGUUGUGCACAGUUUAAAGAGGAUAUUGAAAAAGCAACAAGUGAAACAAACAAACAUAAGUUAGCGACAGAAGAAAUGGAAGGAGCCUUGGUAUCUCGUAUUGAAAGUCUUCUUAAGGGCUGGGAAGAGGACGACUUUGUGUGCAAGGAUUUUUCAGAGCGGGAGCAAGAGAUUUUGGAUGCCAUUGUGGAUCUCAUAAAUAAGAUUGUUCACAGAGAGGAGAAAAUUGGGUCUUUUAACAAGAAAUUGCAAGAAAAAUUCAUUGACUUGGCUUCAGUUUUGGAAUGCAGAACUGUAUCCGUGAUGGGUCUGUAAAUUUGGCGGUUAGUAGGUAGAAGAGAGCAG